AGAAAUACAGAAUAGAUUAAAUAUACUUAUCCACCUUGGGAAAGAUAAUAUUAUUAUGACUUGAUUUUCCACUGAAAUGUACUCAGUGAUAGUAGCGUAGCGAUAAUCGUUUAGUUCGACAGUGCGCUUAAUGCCUUAAUUCCUUAUUUGCUCUACGCUCCGGCUCCACGCUCGUAGUUUUGUACAGUUGUCAAUUUUUGUCCGUCUACGUUGUAAUGACAAAUCAAUCGACACUGCGUUGAUCUCAUACGUAACGUGGUUGUCAAAUUUGACUAGUUUUAAAAUUUACUUAAUUACUACCUAGUCUUGUUAUUUUUAUUUACAAAAAAAUUGUUAUUUUCUUAAAACAUAAUACCGUGUUACAUAAUGGCGGUGACCAAAGGAAAAACGAACAAAAAACCUAGUCUGGUAGUAAAUUCGUAUUUGUUCACAUAUAAUUUCAUUCAAAUUUUGGGAUGGAGUUAUUUGUUAUUUCAAAUCGUUAAUUUCUAUGUGAACCCACCCAAAUCUCAAUCAUUGUGGGAUGUUGUAAAGUAUACAGUUGGAAUUUUCCAAAACGCUGCGUUCAUUGAGAUAUUCAAUGUAGCUACUGGUUUGGUGAAAUCUAAUUUGGCAGUUACUAUUCAACAAGUUCUGUCUCGUGUAGCCAUUGUUGCUGCUAUUGCAUUUAUACCAGAGACAUCAGACUCACCAGGUUUACCAUUGGCUUUAACUGCUUGGUGCUUUGCAGAAAUCACCAGAUACUCAUACUAUGGUUUCAAUAUUAUUGGUUAUAUACCUUACCUAAUCAUUUGGGCAAGGUAUACUUUCUUCUAUGUUCUGUAUCCAGUUGGUGUUACUGGAGAAUUAUUAGUAUACUGGACGUCAUUAGGAUAUGUUGGAAGAACCAAAAUGUGGAGUAUCGAAAUGCCUAAUAAAUUAAAUAUUUCAUUUAGUCUAUGGUCUGCAAUUGCAAUGGUUAUGCUGAUUUAUAUACCAUUGUUCCCUCAAAUGUACAUGCAUAUGGUAUACCAAAGGAAGAAAACACUUGGAAGCCCAGAAACAAAAAAAAUACAAAAAAAAGUUCAAUGAUUAAUUAUUUGUAUAUUAUACAACUGGGUUCUGGGUAUUAUGUUAUUUUUUGUAAAUUGUUGCCGUGUCUUUGCCAAUUUUUUUAUAGACUGUGUUAUAAAUUAUAUAAUAUUAUAUAAUUUAAUUAUUACAAAUAAUAAAACAUUAUUCAUUAUUUA